AUGUCUACUCUAUUGUCUCCAAGUCCUUCUAGAUCCCCAGAUCCUACAAGAAUGUCACGAAAAUGGGCUAGAAAUAUUACAACCUGGGCUGUCUGGGUAGAGACUACAAUCGGAUUUCUGGCAGAUGGCAGCAGAACAUUCUGGAUAGGCAAGGGGACAUCAGUUUUAGGCAUUGUCGUUUAUCUCCUCCUCAACUGGUCAUAUACGACUGCAGUCUUCACAAGUCCAGGAACUACCACAGCCGCAAACCAUGGAUAUAGCGCCCUUCCAACACACAAUCCUGUCGCGACAAACUUUACGGUGAAAUCGAACGGGGAAUUGCGCUAUUUAUCCGGGACUUGGGUUUGGAGGGAAAUUUUGAGUGAUGGAGAAUAUACCGACUCUUUGUUACCAGUCAAUUAUGUCAUGUUGGCAGUUGUGUCUGGAAUCAUAGGUCUGGUUUUGGUGGGGUUCACAGGAUGGCACAUUCUACUUUCAUCCCGUGGUCAAACGACGAUUGAAUGUCUCGAGAAGACUAGAUAUUUAUCCCCACUAAGAAAGUCGAUGCAGCAUCAACACAUCCCUGAAGAUCAGAGUCAUGGGGCAUACGAACAAUUAGAGAGAGCCAGAGCAAGAGAUCGAUAUGAGGAAUAUCUUGACGAACAAGAUUCUGAAAAGUUACCUAGUGCAUUUGAUCUUGGGUGGAGGAGAAACUUCAGACAUUUAUUUGGAUUGAAGCCAUUUCUAUGGGCGUUUCCGAUACCCACUACCACUGGGGAUGGAUGGAGUUGGGAGGCAAGUCCAAAAUGGUUAGAAACUCGAGAAAGACUCGCACGGGAACGAGAGGAACAAAGAAGCAGAGAAAGAGCUGCUGGCUGGGGCGAACCAACAUCUCCAAUAGCACCCCAUCCAAAACUAGAAGGAGCUGGCAGACAUUAUGUUUCUUAUCCUACUCAACACAACCGGGCAAAUCAUUCUCAAUCCAAAGCAGACCGAAUUCUAGGACGCAGUCCAAAUCAAUAUGUGGAUGGAGCAGACUCAAAUUCCGUUUCCAUGCAAACAUUGCAACCAAGAGACAGCGACGAAGAUCAAUAUGAGAUUAGUAGUGAUGAAGAUGAAGCAGAGAGACGAAUUCUCGAUCGAAAGGCUGCCGGUGGGUGGCCCCAGAGGGUUGGAGUUGUUACGAACACAUUAUUGGGGAAUACAAUAGCACGACAAAAGGACGAUGCGAGAGGAUGGGAUGAACAUGGACAUGAUGACGAUGUAGAUUAG